AUGACAGACGAUCACCAUACUUACGGCACCAAAUGCCGCCUGGCGCCUAUUGCUCGCGUUGAGCGCGAGGACGGUGUUCCCCCAGUCGAGGCCCAGUUCUUUUACUCGUCUGUCAUCCCUAUAGACGACCCUCUCUCAACGUCUUCAACUGUUGGCGCAGAUACGAAGACAAACAAGGGUCAAGUGCGUCCAUUUGCGCAUGGUGACAACAACGCGCUGGAAAAGGCUUGGUUGAGCCUCAUGUCUGAGUCCGCUCGUUGCGCUCAUCAGGAGGCAUUGGGCAACAAAGACCGCCAUCAGUUCGACGUAGACAGAUUGACCUCGCUCAUCCAAACCAUUACCACAAAGCACUGGGAGAGGCAUCGUAAAGGUUAUCAACCACAAGACGUAACCGCACCAACCGGCGAUGCCCUGCCUACGACCACUGUGUCCGCUUGUUGCUCCGAACUAAUCCUUGAUGUUUCGGAAGAGCUUGAACGAGACUUUUGCGCUCUAGUCAGGAAGCAAAAUCCAGAACUAAGUGUUGACGAAGUCAUGCAGCAGAUCGUUCUUGCACUUGACAGAUUGAAGAAGCAAGCCGACGAUGAGGCUGAGCCUCAGACGUUGUUAGAUAGUGCCUCGUCGAGCCGUCCAGGCACGGCCUCAACAGUCAAUGCGAGCCACCCGAUGGCUCGUAUUACCAAAACAACGAUAGAGUCUCGCAGUUCUCAGCGUCGGUCAACCGUCAGCGAAACGAGAUCCAGAACCAAUAGCCUCUCGACAUCGCAACCCAACAAACACCAACUGCAAUCCCAGACGCCUGUUGGCAGCCCAGGACUUGCACGGCCGCCAGCUUUUGACGAUGGCAUAUCUGGCAGACCGUUCGUACGUGUAGGAAGCCCGGAAACACAGUCAGAGCCCGGUUCCCUUCCGUUCCUUGGCAUCAAUGGUCCGGUACGGGAUGCCACUCAAGUUCAAGAUAAACCCCGAGUCGUCAAUGAACGAGAACAUGCCACACCGUCCAAAAGCCAGAAAGGUAAGAGUGUAGUCGAAGAAAGCCGACCAAGUGUUGCCGAGGUUGCGGUCGGAAUAUCGAGAUUACAUAUGGUGUCCUUGCCAAUGCUUCAAAUGAAACCUAUAUACUGGUCCCCUAUCAAUGAUGUUGCAGUUGUAGCUCGAGCAACAUGGUUCUACAGAGACACGAUGCUCCCUAUACCUCCUGCUGUAGCGAACCAGCUGGAGGCCGGCUAUCAUUAUCUACGACCGUGGACAGAAACUUGGAGUGACGAGCUCCGAUGUGCAAUCGAUGUUGGUCCGUUGGGCGAAGAAAAGGUAUCGCAUAAGCUUUGGCCAGAAGAGUCGGAGAUUGGAUCUGGAGAUGAUUUUCCAGAGCCAGUUAUAUCAGCUGAUCCGUUUUGUGCCGCUCGUUGUUUCCGGGGCGAAGCUGCUGCUGAAGGAACUAUUGACACGACAGCUGUGAUGAAGAAUUUGUCAGAAGAGCCCCAGCAUCCGACGCGAUCGUACUCUAACUACCAUGUUUUAUACAAGAACGCUAAGGAGGCGUUUUUACUAAAACCUAGCUUGAGACCAUCGGCGUAUUAUGGCCGACGACCCGUUUUGAAAGUUAUGAAAGGCGUGACAAUUGGAGUUCCUGUUGUUCGAGGGUUCGACCGGAAAAUAUGGGAACGCCUCCACCACAGAAAACAAACACCGAAUAAAGCGGGCGCGUCGGCUGCUGAUGAAUCACAUGAAAGCAGUGGACAUGAUGUAUGUGCGGCCUGCAAGGCUGAUAAAGAGAAGCGUCAGGUUACUGACCUGGUUCUUGUCGCUCAUGGCAUUGGCCAGAAAUUUGCAGAAAGAGUCGAGAGUUUCCACUUCACCCAUGCCAUCAACGGAUUCCGCCGAGCUGUUAACAUGGAACUCCAGAGCCCAUUGGUGAAGCAAGUAUUGCGGGAAGAUCAGAACGGACUGAUGAUCCUGCCUCUGAACUGGAGGAUGGGCCUCUCAUUCGAAGAUGGAGGACCUAUGCGAGAGGAGGACAAGGAGGAAUACACGCCAGAAGGGUUUGGGCUCAAAGACAUUGAGCCUGAUACGAUACCUGCUGUUCGCAGUCUGAUAUCAGAUGUCAUGUUUGACAUUCCCUUCUACAUGUCUCAUCACAAGGGCAAGAUGAUCCAGGCACUUGUAUCAGAAGCAAAUCGUGUUUAUCGACUCUGGUGUCGCAACAACCCAGGCUUUGCGGAGCGUGGAUGCGUCCACAUGAUCGGGCAUUCACUUGGAAGUGCCAUGGCUCUCGAGGUUCUGUCCAAUCAACCAACCAUAGUGCCUAAACUCGAUUUAAGUCAAAAAGAACCAGAGACACGGUUCUUUGAAUUCGAUACAAAAAAUCUUUUCUUGGCUGGUAGCCCAGCUGGGUUUUUCCUUCUUCUGGAACGAGGUGUACUCAUGCCUCGUCAUGGCCGAAUGAAACCCGGAGCUGAUUCGAUCGAUAUUGUAUCAAAAGACGUGGUAGCGGAAGCUGGCACUUUCGGCUGUUUGGCCGUUGACAAUAUCUACAACAUUCUUGCUAAGGAGGAUCCCAUCGCGUAUCUUCUCAACGGCGCUGUGGAUCCUAUCUAUGCAGCGAGCCUCAGAAAGGCUUAUGUUCCCAGCAUUUCUGGCUCCCUGUGGAAAUCCGUCGGUGCCGCAAUGCGUGGAGUAGUACCGGGCAUGGCACCAGCACCGAAUCCACUCAUCCCAGAGCCGGACCGGCCACCGACAAGGCGACUACCUUCUCAAUUAGAGCUUGAGGUUCACGAUUUUACACGCGAGGAGAUUGCUGAGAGGAAGGCAUUCUUGUUAAACGACAAUGGCCAAAUCGAUUGGUAUCUCCGCUCAGGAGGAGGUCCACUCGAGAUUCAGUAUCUUAACAUGCUAAGUGCACAUUCCAGCUACUGGACUAAUCAUGAUUUUAUCCGAAUGCUUUGCAUUGAGAUAGGGAGGAAGCCGGGCCGGGCUCACUCCAUCCCUGCCUUCCGGGCUGUGAAGGCCGCCAAGAGACUUUUGGUUGACUAG